AUGUUCUCAACCAGGACCCCCCCCCGCCCUACAUUACCAAACCGUCCUACAGCUGACCAAAGGGCAACCCAGGAAAAAUGGACGGAUGACGAUAACAAAGUAAGGUGCUACAUUUUGGCGUCGAUAUCAAAUGAACUUCAACGCCAACAUGAGGAUUUGAAGACUGCUAAAGAAAUGCUAACUCACCUCAAGGAGUUGUAUGGUGAGCAAAGCCGAUCUGCUCGUUUUGAAGUAUCCAAAAGACUCUUUAAAGCCAAGAUGCACGAAGGGCAGUCUGUUCAUGAUCAUUGUUUGACAAUGAUCAAAGACCUCGAGGAGCUUAAGAAGCUCGACGUGAAAAUAGACAAGGAAUUGCAAGUUGAUCUGAUCCUACAAUCCCUUUCUGUAUCAUAUGGACAAUUUAUUGUAAAUUACUAUAUGAAUAAAAUUGAGUGUACCAACGCGGAGUUAUUUAAUAUGUUGGUAACUACAGAGGGGACUUUGAAAAGUUCAAAAGGCUGGGUCCUCGCUGUGGAGCGAGCUUUCUCUUCCAAAAGAAAGUCUAAUUGGAAGAAGAAACCAGUGAAGAAACACAAGACGGAGAACAAGCCUAAAAUGGAAGCUUCUAAGAAUAAGGCUGUUGACAAAGGAAAAUAUUUUCCACCGCAAUGUUGA